GCCGCGCCGCGCCCGCGGCCCGCCCGAGCGGCCUCCCCCGCCCGGGGACGCGAGCAGGAGCGGAGAGGAAAGGCAAGGCGGGCGCCCCUUCGCGCAGCGUCCCCGAGAGCUUUGACGCCGCAGCCCGGCGGGGGCGGUGGCCGAGGGAAGCGCCCGGGGCGGGAGGAGCCGCCUCGGGCAGCGAAUCGCGGCCGGGGCGCCGGGCUCGGUCCUCGGUAAGGCAGGCAGGAGCCCGAGCGGCGGCGGCGGGAGCCGGGCGGUGAAGAUGGCGACCCCGGGCAUGGGCUGGCAGCAGCCGCAGCACAGCUACGGCGGCGGCUCCGCGCCCGGCGCGGGGAAACUCGGCUCGGGCUCGGCACAGGCGGGGCUGGGCGCCGAGCAGAGCGCGGACCUGCACUUCAAAAUGAGCAAGAAGAUCGCCCAGCUGACGAAGGUAAUAUAUGCUUUGAACACUAAAAAUGAUGAACAUGAAGCAGCUAUCCAAGCCCUUAAGGAUGCUCAUGAAGAAGAAAUCCAGCAAAUUCUUGCAGAGACCAGAGAGAAGAUCUUGCAGUAUAAAAGUAAAGUGGCAGAAGAAAUGGAUCUCAAGAGAAAGAUUCAGGUUUUGGAAGAGUCGCUGGAAGAUCACAAAAAGAUGAAACAUCAGGCCUUGACAGAAUUUGAAGCAUAUAAGGAUAGAGUUGAAGAUAUGCAGCUUUGUGCAGAAGCUCAGCAUGUCCAGCGUGUAGUGACCAUGUCAAGGGAAGUAGAAGAGAUCAGAAAGAAAUUUGAGGAAAGGCUACGAAGUUUCAUUCAGUUGCAAGUACAGUAUGAGAAGGACAAGCGUACAGCACUGGAAGAGUUAAAAGCUGCCCACAGGCUUGAAAUUCAAGAACUCCUGAAGACUCAUCAGAGUCAGAAUGCUACUUUAAGUAAGGGGCAAGAGAAAAUGGAGGAAUUGCAUAGACUGGAGCUGGAAGACUUGAACAAUAAGGUUGAAGAGUUAAGGCUGGAAAAAAAAAAGCUCAUUGAGGACUAUGAAGGCAAACUCAGCAAAGCGCAGUCCUUCUAUGAACAUGAACUUGACUCCUUGAAAAGAUCUCAGCUUUUUACAGCAGAAAGUCUACAUGCCUGCAAAGAGAAAGAAGCGGAGCUAAGAAAAGAAUUUCAGAACCAGGAAAGUAUGUUACGGAAGAAUCUGGGGAAGCUUAAAACUGAAUUGCAAAUGGUCCAGGAUGAAGCUGCUAGUCUACGGGAAAAAUGCCAAAAACUUCAGGUGGCUCUUGGUACUGCAGAAAACAAUGUUCAGGUUCUUCAAAAACAGCUAGAUGAUGUGAAGGAGGAGGAGAUGUCAUUGUUAAGCAAACACAAAGAAGUGGAAAGCGAGCUUGCAGCUGCUAGAGAGCGCUUACAGCAGCAGGCCACUGAUCUUGUUCUCAAAGCCAGUCACAUUGGAAUGCUUCAAGCUACUCAAAUGACUCAAGAAGUUACAAUCAGAGACUUGGAAUCAGAAAAGUCUAGAUUAAAGGAAAAAUUGUCCCAGCUGGAAGAGGAAAGAAAUUUAUUACAAAGCAAAACACAGAGUCUGGAUGAGCGACAAAGGCAGCAAAUUCUGGCAUUGGAGAAGAAAGUAAAUGAAGCAAGGGAAACACAACGUGAAUAUUAUGAGAAGGAGCUGGUAAAAUUACAAGCAAGGUUGGAAGGAGAGGCUGCACAGUUAAAGGAGGCUCAUUCCAAGACCUUGGAAGAAUUGGCAUGGAAACACCAUACUGCAAUUGAGGCUGCACACAGUAAUGCUAAUAAGGAUAAGAAGAAACUGCAGAUGGAGUUGGAGCAGCAGUUUGAGAAGGAGAAACUGCAUUUGGAGGAUGAUAAGAAUCAGCUCCGACAGCAGCUGGAAAACGUGAAGGAAGAGCUGACGACGAAGCUGACUUCUGCCAAUCAGGAGGUGUGUCGUCUGCAAGACCUAGUACGAAAAAGUGAGCAAGGCCUUGGGACUGCAGAAGGACACAUCUCCAGUCUUCAAGAAGCUCAGGAAAUACUCCAGAAAGAACUAGAAUUAACUAGAGCAAGACUGCGAGAGACCACAGACUCACUGUAUAGUGUUGAGGGAGAACUAGAUCAGGAGAGACAACAGCACGAGGCAAUGAUUGCUGCCAUGAGAGAGGAGGAAAAGUUCAAAGUUGACAGAAUGGCACGUGACUUGGAAAUAAAAUGGACUGAAAAUCUUCGACAGGAAUGUAAUAAGCUUCGUGAAGAGCUGAGGCUGCAGCAUGAAGAGGACAAGAAGGCAGCCAUGACUCAGUUGUUACAGCUGAAAGAACGUGAAAAAAAUGCAGCAAGGGAUGGAUGGCAAAAAAAGGUCGAAGAUCUUUUAGACCAGAUCUCCUUACUGAAGCAGAAUCUGGAGAUGCAGCUUUCCCAGUCACAGAGCUCUUUGCAACAGCUACAAGCCCAGUUCAGUCAGGAGCGACAGAGACUGACUCAGGAGAUCCAGGAAUUGGAAGAAGAGCAUCAGCAAAGGCAUAAGUCACUUCAGGAAGCCCAUAUCCUUGCCUUUCAAAACAUGGAAGAAACAAAAGAGCAAGAACAAAAGGAGUUAGAAGAACGUUUACAACAGAAGCACUCAGAAGAGCUUCAUGCACUGAAAGAAACACAUAAGCAAGCCAUGGAAGGCUUUAAAUUGGAGAUGGAACAGGAACUUCAGACUCUACGAUUUGAGCUGGAGGAUGAAGGAAAAGCUAUGUUAGCUUCCUUGCGCUCAGAGCUCAACCACCAACAUGCAGCAGCAAUUGACCAGCUGAGGCACAACCAUCAACAAGAACUGGUAGCUGCCAAAAUGGAGCUUGAAAGAAGCAUAGAUCUUGGCAGGCGACAGGAAAAAGAAUUUUUGUGCCGAAUAUCAGAUCUACAAGAUGAACUGAGACACCGAGACCGUCAUAUAGCUGAACUCGACAAAGAGAUUCUGCAUCUUCAUGAAAAUAUAAGUGCACUGACAAAGGAGUUAGAGUUUAAAGGGAAAGAAAUUCUUAGAAUACACAGUGAAUCCAACCAACAGAUCAGGAUGCAUGAGCAAGAUUUAAGCAAGAAACAUGAGAAAGAGCUGGAUGUCUUGACAGCAGAUCACAUCAGAGAGAAACAAAGCAUGCUGGCAGAUUUUAAUAAGACCCAAGAGCUGCUCAAGGAAAUUAAUUCAGCUUUACAAAUUUCUUUAGAAGAAAUGGAAGAAAAAUAUAAAAACAGAGAAUCAAGACCAGAAGACUUGCAGCUUAUCUCAGAACUGAAAGACCUAAUUGCAGAGCGGGACCAACUCAUAAAGAAAUUGAUUGAGGACAAAAAGUUCUAUCAGCUGGAGCUAGUAAACAGGGAGACUAACUACAACAAAAUGUUUAAUGCAAGCCCUAAUGUUGGUGUUAUUAAUCCAUUGGUGAAGCAAAAGAAGAAGAAUGAUAAAUCAACAAACAGGUUUGUGAGUGUCCCCAAUCUAAGUGCUCUGGAAUCUAGCGGAGUGGUGGGCAAUGGACAUCCAAACCGCCUGGACCCCAUUCCUAACUCACCCAUCCACGAUAUUGAGUUCAGCAGCAGCAAACCACUACCACAGCCAAUGCCACCCAAAGAGCCCAAGACGUUUUUGAGCCCUCCUCAGACUGAUGCCUCACCAGUGGCUUCCCCAGACCCACAACGCCAGGAGUGGUUUGCCCGAUACUUUACGUUCUGAGAGACGAUUUGUUUUUGUGGCACAGCGUGAUGUGGACUGUUUAUAAGAGCAUGACCUUAAGUAAACCCUCAUGUGAACAAGCUUUCCUGUAAUUUGUCAAACACUGUGAAUGAGAAAGUAUUUGUCUUUCUGAUUUGAAACUGCACUGUAUUUCAUGUUAUAUUUGUUGGAAUCACCUGACAUGGUACUAUACAAUAUGUGUAAUUAUAACUAUUAUUUUUAUUUAACAUGGAAGAAUCUUUAAACUUUGUAAUUACUACAUAAUAAAUUUUGGUAGAACAAACAUAAUGCUUUUUCCCCCUUUUUCCUAUAAAUGUGUUUUCUUUGAUUUCAGGUAAGGCUUUUCCCCCCAAAUAACAUAAUUGCAUGGUUACUAUAAAUACAACUUGAACUGUAAAAGGAAAAAUAUAUAUCUCUCACUCUCUCCAAUUUGGGUGGGAUAUGUUUAAUGCAUCCCAGUUCUGUUACUUGGUAGCAGUUUAAAAACCUUCUCUGGCUAACAUUUAAAAGGAAGAAUGCUAAACAAAACUAGUGUAGCUGCUGGCCUUCAGAGCAGAUGGAUUCUGACAGAAGAUGAGAAACACCACAAACCAGGAGCUGUUCAUUGGGGAGGGGGGGUUGACUCCUCACCUAUUGCUUACGAGACUUCACCACCUAGUUCUAAUCAAAGAUUUUAUCAUUGAAUUCAAACAAAAACCGUUCCCACAGGUUCUAUAUGAAUAUUAACAAAAACAAAUGCUUGAAAUAUUUAGAAAAGUAUUUUAGGUAUCUCUGUGUAAAUCAAGAAUCUACAUUUUGAGCAUAUAGUCUUGCUUUGGAUAAAAGUCAUGUCUGAAAUGAAAAAAACAGAAGCCACAAACAAACAAAUACCAACUAUACUACUUUUUCCCAUUAAUACAUACUACAGAUACAGGUAUUUCAUUAAAACUUAGUUACCUUCCCUUGUCUAUAUUAAAUUUUUUUCUUCUUAAACUAAUAUAUGAAACUGUUUUUCAGCUAGUGAGCAUGAUUUCCCAAUCUAUGCCUUUUAUGAUGUCAGUGUUGCUCAAGAAAUUGUUGCAGCAUAGAGAAAACCAGAGCUUAUUGUCUUUUUUAUAUUUUUUCAUUCAAAGAUUACCACAAAUUAACUCACACUGGUAGUCUCAGGGAGAAUAUUGUCUUUGUUUUAUGAAUGUAUUUUUAAGCUAAAUCUCUUAUCUUUUAAAAGCAGGAAAAAAAUAUGUUUGAGUUAUUUGAAUAAGGUUCUAGUUAGCAUAUACAAAGGUCUUGAACUUUAAUAUUUCAUCUAAAGCCCUAACUGCAUCCUUUUUUUGCUAUAUGCACAAAGGUAAAUACCCAGAUGAAGAUACUUGCUAAUUACAAUGAGUUUUAUAUGUACUAUAUGUAUAAAUGAAAAAUUUGUAUGUUUUCAUAUAAACGAUAUAAAAAUCUUCUAAAUGCACAUUUAAAAACUUCUAUCAUAUAAUUCACCUUGAAAACACCACUGAAAGCUGUAUUCUGGUGAUGCUGCCAUGGAUUAAAAUUGUAUACAUCAGAUUUUCUGUAGCUGGUGGACUCAACUGUAGGUAUAUGCAACUUUUUAAUUUUAGAAGAAAGCCAUACUGGGCAAAAUGUCAGAUUUCUUGGCUGUUACCCAAAAUAAAAUUCACUAGAUCAUUUUGUUACAA